AAUUGCAGCGGUUUCCGGAUUCCCUGGAUUGGCCUGCUUGAAAGAAAGAAAACAAGGGAGGUGGAAAAACUCUAGAAUUGCUGUUUUAUCACACGUUUGUAAAAGUUGUGAAGCAGAUCAUCAUGUCGCAGACUGGAGAAAAAGGAAAGUUUCCUGAUGCUGCAGGAUAUGUGGGAUUCGCCAACCUGCCCAAUCAGGUGCAUAGGAAAUCUGUAAAGAAAGGUUUUGAGUUCACACUGAUGGUUGUUGGAGAGUCUGGGCUUGGUAAAUCAACACUCAUUAACAGCCUGUUUCUGACUGAUCUCUAUCCAGAGCGCUACAUACCUGGAGCCGCAGAGAAGAUUGAGCGAACGGUUCAGAUUGAAGCGUCUACAGUAGAAAUCGAGGAGCGAGGAGUGAAACUCCGGCUCACUGUUGUGGACACACCGGGAUACGGAGACGCCAUCAACAGCCAGGACUGCUUUAAGACGAUCAUCCAGUACAUCGAUAAUCAGUUUGAGCGAUACUUGCAUGACGAGAGCGGCCUGAACCGCAGACACAUCGUGGACAACAGAGUUCACUGCUGCUUUUACUUCAUCUCUCCAUUUGGACACGGCCUAAAGCCUUUGGAUGUGGAGUUUAUGAAGGCGAUUCACAGUAAAGUCAACAUUGUUCCUGUGAUCGCCAAAGCCGACACACUCACGCUUAAAGAGAGAGACCGUCUGAAGAGAAGGAUUUUGGAUGAGAUCAGUGAGCACGGGAUCCGGAUCUACCAGCUUCCCGACGCUGAUUCAGACGAGGAUGAAGAAUUCAAGGAUUUUGUGCCUAAUAGAUGCAUCUGGUCCAGUUUACAGUUUUAUCAAAUGCACAUAAUUGCGAUUACGUUUAUUGAUAUCAUGUUUGUAUUUAAGAAAGCAGCACAUGUGAUCAGCACUACCAUCAUCAUGGUGAAACUAAAUAUUAAAUGUCAGUAGCACAUGCAGAUUUUAGCACAAAUCUAGACCGUUCUUCACUAGCAAACAAAGCAAAUGCAUGUGGAUAUUCAUGGUGUGGAUUCCAGCUAUGUACUGUUUCCCUCUACUGGACAGCAAAACCAGCCGCAGCACAAUAUUUUACCAGAUUGAAUCAUGACAAACGAAUGCACAAUUGGACAAUCUGCUAAAAUCAGAUCUUUUUAAAGGGAAAAUAGUUAUUAAAGUGGCUCAGCAUCUCUGAAAUGAUUAUUGUGGAUGCAGUGGUUCAUCUGUUUGUGUUUUGAUUCACAGAAAUGCCUUAAAACUCCACAUUUCACUCUCUUUUAUACUUAUUCUGUCGUGCAUUGGGUUUUUCUAUUCUUUUAUUGCUUCAUUGUUGACCCUCAUUACUACUUAAAGCAUUGCCAUCUACUGCGGUGAUCUUAAUAUUUCUAAUUUACCAUGGUACGUUUAACUGUAAAAGUCUAAAUGUUAACGGUACAAAGUCUGCACAGUGGACUGGAGUCAUUUACAGCGUUGUUUGCUAAUUGUUGAUGCCUGUUGUAAACACACUGAUUUUGUUUUGUUGUAUUUGUGGUUCAGCCCAGUUAUUGUGACUUUGGUUGUCUCCUGUUUAACACAGUUGUCAUUUUGCGGUACAAUAAUGCUAAAUUCACUGUUUUACAUCUUUCUUUUUGUACUUGCUCACGUUGAGGAAUAAAUAUCUUUACGUCGUU